AUGGCGAGUGAUGAUAGGCCGGCAAGAGUGUCUCCUGUGCCACCUCCGGUAGAGUCGAUCGAAGUUGAUGAGCAGCCUAAAGUGAAGGAAGAUGCUGCCGUUGAGGAAGCAGUCGCUGAAGGGGAGAGAGGAGGGGAGGGGUCGGACAACGAUGCGCCAGGUGAAGUGGAUGAUGAGAUGGUCGAUGUGACGGACUUGGUUUCGGAUGGCAAAGUGUCUAACGAUCUCUACAAAGAGUUCAAAGCCAUCACUGAGGUCCUGCUCGAGUAUAAAGUCAAGAGCAAGAAUAAUGAAGAACACCUACCCUCCAGCCUGUUCAAGCGGCUACCCAACAAGCGAUUACUGCCCGAUUAUUAUGAAGUGAUCAAGGAGCCAUCUGCAAUCAGCACUCUUCGAGGCAAAAUCCAGCGAAAGCAGUAUUCUGGCGUUCCAGAAUUCGUCCGCGAUUUCGCGCUUAUCGUCCACAAUGCUCAACUCUACAACCGACCAAACUCGCAACCAGUGCGAGAUGUGCUGAAGUUGGAUGAGUUGUUCAAGGCUGAAUUACAAAGACUGGUAGCACAAGGUUAUGCGACCGAAGAAGACGCCAAAUACCCUGACCUUGGCGAGAUCCCCUACGCCAGUCCUGAACCCGAUCCGAUUACCGAGGAAGAUGACAUUGACGAUGACGACGAGGAUGACGAUGAGGACGCAGAUGAAUCUGACGACGACAAGCGCAAGAGAAAAGGUCGUCGGGGAACACGGCCAACAGGCAAGAAAGGUGAGGAAGAGGAGGACGAUGAAAAGGGAGGCGAUGCAGAGCAAAAGCGAAGAGGUCGACCACCGAAAGUAGCUACACCCAUGGAGCAUAGGAUUGAUAGGAUCUUGAAAAGCCUGAAGAAGCUCAAAGCACAGGACGGUGUUGCAAUGAUCUCACCUUUUGAGCGAUUGCCAGACAAAUCCGAAUUGCCUGACUACUACCAAGUCAUUAAAGAGCCCAUGGCAUACGAUACACUGAAGAAGAAAGCCAAAAGAAAGAAGUACCAAUCCAUCGCCGAGUUCAUGAAAGACGUCGAGCUUAUGUUUAAGAACGCGUUGAUGUACAAUGAGGAUGGCAGUGAUAUUCACAAGUGGGCACAAGAGCUGCUAGAUGAGGCCAAGCGUCUCGAGACAGAAGAACUUGCUAAGCCAGACUCAGAAUACCUCUUGGCGGCCGACGGUCGCAUUCCCUUACAACAAAUCACAUACAAGAAUGAUACGUGGAAAGUAGGUGACUGGAUACAUAUCCAGAACCCUAACGAUAUCACCAAGCCUAUUGUUGCACAGAUUUACAGGACUUGGAAGACUGCCAGCGAGGAAGAGUGGAUCAACGCUUGCUGGUAUUACCGACCUGACCAGACUGUACACCAAUACGAAAAGCACUUUUAUCCAAAUGAGGUUGUCAAGACUGGCCAGUAUCGUGAUCACAAAAUCGACGAGGUCCUCAAUAAGUGCUUCGUCAUGUUCUACACCAGGUACAGUCGCGGCAGACCACGAAACCUGCCACCAGAUACUGAGGUAUAUGUCUGCGAAGCGAGAUACAAUGAGGACAAAUUCAAAUUCAAUAAGAUCAAAACCUGGGCUAGCUGCCUACCCGAUGAGGUUCGAGACAAAGACUACGAGAUGGAUCUGUUUGAUACGCCACGAAAGAUCAAAAAGGUACCUAGCCCUUUGCUAAGUCGCCUCAAAGAAGAUGCAAAGAGCACUGAUGAGUUGCCACAACCGGAAUGGAAUCAUGCCAAUGCACCACCACUAGUAGGUGGCAUCCACAAACGUCCAAGAGACGAGAAUCAAUCGCCUCCUCCGGAGCCAACACCUCCAGCACAGCCUGCGCCUCCUCCCGUUCUUCGAACGCCUUCCAUAAAUCGCACAGACAGUGCGAAGAUAUCCAAUCACCCGCAUGCAAAUUCUAGCACGAACAUACAGAUGCAGCACGUUCGACCUGCACCAUCGAUGACACCACAAGCCUCUUUCAACACCACCAAUGCGAAUCCAUAUUCCCGACAGCCAAGCUUUUCGGCAACACCACAAGCCUACAUCACACAAAGCCAGAAUGGGUCGCGAGAGCAGUCUCAGCCUCAGCAGCACCAGUAUACACCUCAACCUGCUCAGCCGACUCCAUUGCUGGCAGCGGCACAACCUGGUAACCACGGCAUCACCACGCCCAAUCCUGCUUUCAAUCGUCCAGCCCCGAGCGUUGUUCAACCUGUUCAGUACCACGUCCAACAAGCCAUUGGUGCUUCUCACCAGCGAACAGCCGAUACCUAUGUAUUAUCUGACGCGGCUAAUGCAUCUAUUCCUUCCGAGAUACGUUCUCAGUUCCCACGGGAUGAUCAGGGACGUGUUCUCUUCUUUACGACUCCUCCACUCGAUACUCGACACGUUGUUACAGGUUCAUCGAGCCACGAAACAUCACGACCGCUCGAACACACGGCUGACUUCACACAAGCGAUACUUGCUAAGAAGCGCAAGUUGCAAGCGUCAAACAUGUCUGAUGUAUUCAUGCAGGAUGAGAACGUGGCAAAGAGAAGGCAACCUGAAGUUGGUGCAGAACAAGAGCAGUCACGCGAACGCUUGCUAGAACGAGGGAUAAACGUUCUGACAGACCAGAUGAAGCAUGCUAUCUACAAAGAACAUGAAGGUCAAUACGGCAACGAGUGGAGGGCAACCUUGUUGGCUGAUACGAAUCUCGCACAGGAACAUUACAAGAAGGCAUUACAGGAAGCGAAGGUAAAAGAGGAAAGGCGGAAAGCGUUCACCACUGCUCAUCUGGAGAGAUCUAAUGUUCAAUACGGCAUAAACUCACAGGGCUACAUUACAGGUUGGCAGAAGGACUUUUUCACGGGCACGUAUCUAGAUGAUUGGGAUGCACGCCUGCCGUGA